AUGGGGUUUUUUGUUGUGUGUGUAGUUAGAGAAACAAAAACCAUUAUUCCAGACAAGGUUGUAAAAGUGUUGCAAACAGAAACUUCACAGUUUUAUGAAAUUUUUGAUACAGCUACGAAUGAUCAAUUUGAAGAUUGUGUAGUUCGAGUAUUUUUAAGAAAGCCUCCAGAAAAUUGGGUUUAUGUAGAAGAAGGGUUGGAGGAUAUAGCAGAGACUAGCAUCCAAGAAUCUCAUCAAAAUUCAAAUGCAUUUGAGCUUCUUAUGAAAAAUUCACAAAAUAUCCAUCUUCCUGAACUAAAAAAAGAGAAUACUCACAGAGAUUUACUUUAUAAUGAUAUUAUUCGCUUGUUUCAAAAUAAAGAAGUUGGAUGGAAAAAUGCAAAACAUAAUACAAUUGGAAAAGGUUUUAUUGAACGUUUAACAGCAGCCUUAUGGUAUAUAGAUCCACAUCGUACAAAGUUUAUAGCUCGAUCACUUUCACUUGGUGAACUAUUUAAUAAUUUAAAUCAGUAUCAAAAAGACCAACAUUUUAAUCUUUUUUAUCAUACUGGAAAACAUGCUAAAACUAAUCUUAACCGUGAAAAGCUUGAGCAACUAGCUUCUUCAUUAGAACUAUCAGUAGUUCAACUAUGGGCAACAAGUGAUAAUUGGGAAAUAAUUAUUAAUAAAGUUUUUAUCUUAAUAUCCGCAAUGCAAAAAUAUGCAAAAAACUUAGAGCAAAUUAAUCAAGUUAUGAAAGAAAUAUAUAUAAGUGAUUCACCAGCACGUCAGCCAGCUAAUGAUCUAAAAGUAUAUUCAAUUGAACCAUGUCAAAAGAUUAAUAUAAAAUAUCAACAACUUCAGGAUUUUUUAUCUAAUACUAAUGAUUAUAAUGAAAUUAAUUUAGAAAGAUUUUUACCUGAAGAUGCAAUGCAACGUUAUCAUUAUAUUAAAAGUCUUCAAAUCCGAUUUCUAAUUACUUUAUAUUGUUAUUAUCAAAGCAAUUAUCUUGGUACUAUCAACUAUAUUUGGAAAAUUCCAAUUGAUUUUGAAGACCGCUCUGAAACUACUCAAGCACGUGUAAUGGCAGCUAUUCAAGAAAAAUUGCCACAAUAUUUUAGCCAACAAAUGAAAAAAAU